GGUCUAAGGUUGCCAUGGAAACAACCAGUGCUUGAUAUAAUUGAGAACAUCUUAAAACCUCCUGGUGUUUGCAUGCUUUUUUUUCCCCCUGCCAUUUUGCGUUGCUUUAGACAUGAAUAGGUAGCGCUGGUCAGAACAGUAGUAGUUUAAUGAGCAAAACUAAAUCCCGGUGUCCUGAAUAUUGAUUUUGGUUUACUACUGGUACCUUGUGCUUCAUAGUUUUUUUUGCAUCGCAAGGAGCUUACAAGAAAGAGCAGCUCUCUGGAUUCUGUGUGCUCUCUCUUUCCAGUUACAGUAUAAGUGUGUUUAGAUAUUGGAGCACUGAUUUGGUUGAGAUUAAAAUACUUCAUUCAGCCGUUGGAUUAAUAUUAGGAGCAAUAUGUUUCUGAAAGCUGGCUUUUCAACAUGAAUGUGAAAGAGUUCCUAGCCAAAGCCAAAGAAGACUUUUUAAGAAAAUGGGAAAGCCCCCCUCAGAAUACUGCUGGCCUAGAUGAUUUUGAGAGGCAAAAAACCCUUGGAACAGGAUCAUUCGGGAGAGUAAUGAUGGUGAAACAUAAAGCCACAGAACAGUAUUAUGCUAUGAAGAUACUGGACAAACAGAAGGUCGUCAAACUGAAGCAAAUAGAACACACACUGAAUGAGAAGAGAAUAUUGCAAGCGGUGAACUUUCCUUUCCUUGUAAAACUGGAGUAUUCUUUUAAGGACAAUUCUAAUUUAUACAUGGUAAUGGAGUAUGUUCCUGGUGGUGAAAUGUUUUCACAUCUAAGAAGAAUCGGAAGGUUCAGUGAACCACAUGCACGGUUUUAUGCAGCUCAGAUAGUGCUAACAUUUGAGUACCUCCAUUCAUUAGACCUCAUCUACAGAGAUCUAAAGCCUGAAAAUCUUUUAAUUGAUCAGCAAGGAUACAUCCAGGUCACGGACUUUGGCUUUGCAAAAAGAGUAAAAGGAAGAACUUGGACGUUAUGUGGGACUCCAGAAUACCUGGCACCUGAAAUAAUUCUCAGCAAGGGUUACAACAAGGCAGUGGAUUGGUGGGCAUUAGGAGUGCUAAUCUAUGAAAUGGCAGCUGGAUAUCCCCCAUUCUUUGCAGAUCAGCCCAUUCAAAUUUAUGAGAAGAUUGUGUCUGGCAAGGUAAGGUUCCCAUCACACUUCAGUUCAGACCUAAAGGAUCUUCUAAGAAAUUUACUCCAGGUAGAUUUGACCAAACGAUAUGGAAAUCUCAAGAAUGGUGUAAAUGACAUAAAGAAUCACAAGUGGUUUGCAACUACAGAUUGGAUUGCCAUUUAUCAGAGAAAGGUAGAAGCUCCAUUCAUACCAAAGUGCAGAGGUCCUGGAGAUACCAGCAACUUUGAUGACUAUGAAGAAGAAGAUAUUCGUGCGUCUCUAACAGAAAAAUGUGCAAAAGAAUUUGCUGAUUUUUAGUAGGAGUAAGAGGACAAGAUGACAUCAGGGCUCACAUUGGGAUCUUUGCACUCUGUUAACAGAUGAGGUGGAGCUGAGACCAUCAUAUGUCAAAACAGUUACCUAGUUACUUCAUUCCACAAAGCUGACUGAGGUCUUUAUUGCCAUCUUCCAUGUGUGCAGUUUGCACCAACCCUUCUAACUAGGCACAAUUAAGCAAGCACUGUUUGUGCAGUAACACAGAAUAAUAGACCACUUUCCUACUUAACUUUGGUUUCUGUCGUUCUUUGUUUCUGUGUAUUGUUCAUUUUCCCCCUUUAAAAUGAAGUAGUUUUUUACCCAAGAAUGCUCCAUUUUAUUUUGAAUAAUGUAUUAUUUGUGUGAGUGAAAUGGAAGGUGUUGCGGCUAGUGUGAUUUAGACUGAAGUGAAAGAUAAAUGUUGCUUCUAGUCUGUGCCAGCCAAUAAUUCUUGUCUGUCUUGUGUCUGAUGCUACAAUUUAUAAAAAAUUUUUAGUAGCUCAGACUAAACCUAGCCAACAUUUUUAGCAUUUUUGAAGGUAGUAUUUAUCGCCAUAUAAAUGUCUGCUAAAUUAACUUAAAAACGUUUCUUCCUGGAGACUGACCAAAAUUCAGUAGAAUCAAUUGGAUGGCUUAUGUAGGGGACAGUAGCUAGACCCUGUGCCUUGGUUUUCUACAUCCCUGCAGUUUUCGUCACUGCCUCCUUCGUUUCUAUUUCCCACCUAGGCAGUAGGUAAAUUGCCAUAACUAGACUGUACCAUGGAGAGCUUACAGUCUUGUGAAAAGGAGUAAUAAUAUCUGGUCUGGAUUUUGGACCAUAUUUAACCAAGUCAACUUACCAGCAUUUCUGUUGGCAGGUAUGAAAUGGCUUUUUUAAGAACAUGAACCCUAAACUCUUAAAGGAAGUUUUGGUCAGUAUUGUAGAGAAUAUGAUUCAUUUUGAUUCACAUUUUCUUUCUGGUUUGUUUUUUUGGUUUGUUUUUUUUUUAAUGCCAGCGUUUGGGCUCCCCAAGUAUUCCUUGUUUCAAGCCUUUUUUGAUUAAAAAAGGCACCCAUUAAAAUCACCACCACCACACCACAAAAAGCAAAAUGCGCUCUGCCAUUAGCUAUGAAAAACAAAUGGUUUCGCAAAUGCAACAUAACGUUCUAGAUGCAUCGCUGGAUGAACACGGUUAUUUUUUGUUAGCUGUUAAGAAUAAGAGGUUCUUGCCAAGUUUUUAUUCCGGUAUACUAUAUUAGUAAACUGAGGAUGGAGUACUGCUACAAUCAUUUUCUUUUUAAUUACAGCACUUCAUUCACGAAGAAAAGAGAUAAAGUUUCAAAACUGCAGCAGCUGGGUUUAUUUUAGUUGCGUUGUGUCUUCAUUUCUAAUCUACUUUCUUUCAGUCAAACAGAAUGUAUGGUCACACAGAUAUAAGUAUUUGGGCUUAAUUGUUUUGUAUACUCUCACCAACUGACUUAAAAGAUACCGCUAUCAUGUGCUAGCUUUGGGCACUUUUACACAUUUAAUUCAAUGUUAAUAAUCAGUGGCUCAGCACUUUUUUGGGAGUUGCUUUUAAACUUAUUCAUAGUAGUUUUAUUUGUACACUUGAUUCUGGCUGUCUCAGUGACCUGUCUUAAAACAGCACAUCUAAACAAUUUAAACUAGACUCAUAUUUUAUGAUCAAUUUACAUGCAUACAAGGAUGAAUUGUUUUUAAAGAAAAUGAGCUAUAUUGAUACAUAGCCAUUGUAUUUGUUUGAAUGCCAAUGCAAAUACACCACUGGCAUUCCCUCCUUUUAAUCUGUAUGGCACUCCUUUAAGAAAAGCCUUUGUAGACAUUUUACAAAAGAAUGAGAGACGUACCAUCAACAUUCUGUAUGUUUAGGUUGUUGAGCAUUUUUGCACAACGUCAUUAGGAGGCUGAUACUGAAUGCAGUCUUUGUCCACCCAUAUUUACAUAUGUGCAAGGAAAGUAUAAGAUACUUUGCUGUAGCAAAUUUUAUGUAACAAAGAUAUAUCGUCACAUUAAUAAAUUUAAAGAAAUCCUUUGUAUGAAAAUGUUAAAAUCUUUUGUAUUUCAUUUAGACCAAGGACAUGCUGCUGUAUGCUAGCUGUAUGCGAUAAAUUCUACAGUAACUUUGUUGUCGUUUAUGAACUUUAAAAGAUUUUAAUAAAUGUUGGAGAUCACAA